AUGAAGCCAGCAGAGAGGAAGGAAGAAACACUCACCCCCGUGAUCAUGGAUGGUCCACCAGCUAUUCAAUACCAGAGCAGGAUUCCCUUUGAUUUUAAUUACUAUGGAGAUUUCUACUUCACCUCCAUGACUGAUCGCGCGAUUAGGAUCAGAGAGAUACGCUUCGCCAAAACUGGAAGGGCAAUUCACAAGCCCGGUAGAAGAGGUGGCAAGAUGGUUAGCUACCAGAGAACGGGUCCGUUUAGAUUCAUGGACUUGCCAACCGAAGUUCGAACAAUUACAUUUCAAUUGCUCGCCUCUGUUAUUCUCCAUCUUGACCCUGAAUCAAAAACUUUUAUCAAUUCUAUCUCUAUCGGACGUGGUUCAAUAUGGAAAUCAGAGUACAAAGAAACUUACGGAAUGGGAUUUGAGAAAUGGCUGGAGAAUAUGGAUGCUUUCAGGCGCCAAUUCUUGUCCAAGAAAGAAGCGAAACAAUAUUCAGUGUUUGUUAAAGAAGCAAAUGAAUUUGUAUACAUUCAUGAAGACCACCCAAAUAGAAACGGAUAUUAUAUGGGAAAUUUCAACGUAGAUCAUGCCUCAAUGCCCGACUCGGAUUUUCUCGACUGGGUAGAUCUUAAUUAG